GAGCUUUACAACCUCCGACCUGGAGUCUGGCCACAACUUUUUGUUGCGUCAUUGUAAAAAGAACACCCAAUACGAUGGCAAACGAAGCCAGGCCGUGCCCCUGUGACCUCGGCGAUCGGAUCGACUACGGGGGCCUCGGCCGGGAGGUUCAGAUUGAGCACAUUAAAGCCUAUGUGGUCGAGCCGGCCACUGCGUCUGACAAGGCUGUGAUCGUCAUACAGGACAUCUUCGGAUGGCAGCUUCCCAACACCAGAUACAUGAGUGACAUGCUGGCUGAAAAUGGAUACAUUGCUGUCUGUCCCGACUUCUAUGUCGGAAAGGAGCCGUGGAGUCCAUCACAUGACUGGUCCACAUUUCAGGAGUGGCUUGAGGACAAAAAGCCGACCAACAUAAACAAAGAGGUCGAUGCAGUGCUGAGGUUCCUGAAGGAGCAGUACGGGGCCAAACACAUCGGAGUGGUGGGCUUCUGCUGGGGAGGGAUUGCCACACAUUAUCUCGCCCUGCAGUAUCCAGAGCUCAAAGCUGGAGUGUCAGUCUAUGGGAUCAUCCGUGAGAGGGAGGACAGGUACGAGCUGAGGAGUCCCACGCUGUUCAUUUUUGGAGAGAAAGAUCCGAUUAUCCCACUGGACCAGGUGAGCACCCUGGAAGCAAUCCUGAAGGAGAAAUGCACAGUGGAUUACCAAGUUAAGAUCUUCCCUGGGCAGACUCAUGGGUUUGUCCACCGCAAGAGGGAGGAUGUCAACCCCACAGACAAGCCCAGCAUCCAGACGGCCAGAACGGACAUGCUCAACUGGCUCGACAAGUACAUGUAAGUGAGACGAUCAAGACGAUCCAGCCACGUUGGGAGUCCAGUUACCUGCAGUACUGUGGAACCAACUGGUGCCUUUAAGAUUAUUUGUAAAAUAUGUAAGUGUCAUUUAGAACCAGCUAGUGAUUGUUGCUCCUUUGUUUUUGUUUGGUUGUUGACAUUCCAAUAAUCUCAAUGAAAAAUUCAGCUAAUUGUUGAGCCAGACAUGUCUCGUACUUUUCCUGGAAUCUGUAUGAUGCAGUAUACUGUCCUCAUGUAAGGUUGCUAACGUCAAUAAUUUGUAGAAUGUAGUGGGAUUCCCCUUUAUACACCCAACUGCCAAAGUUUUGUUUAAAUUUCAAGUUAUAUAAGACAUGACGUGUGAACCUGACCUUGAAUAAAAGUUUCAACAUUAGAGACUUGAAAUCAGAACAACAGAGUCUUGAGAUUUCAACAGACCAACAUUUUAAUGGUGACUUAUAACAGCUUGAACAUUUUGUAUCAGAUGAUAAAUAGCAAUAUGCAGUGCGGUUAGGACAUGGUGCUCGGGGAAGUGCCUAAAACCUCUAGACAGGCACACAACAUUAAGCGCUUCCAGAGCAUGGCUGAGCCUUACGGUGGUCAGGGGGACUCUAGUCCUCGCUCUCUCCCUGGCUUCGGAUGUCAUCGAUCUUGAGGAUCAUCUUCACUACCUGAGUAGCCAGCAAGAUCUGCUGCUUCUUGCCAAUCAGGGUCUCGAUCACAUGUUGAUGCUUCAUGUCUGUGUAGAGGCAAACAAAAAAAGUGAUUCAGCGUCAUCCUGCUUUAAGAUAGAAAUGCAGUGUCCCCAGUGUCUGACUGAAAGUGUGCUAAUCCACCAGACUGUGCAGUGUUCAGUUUGAAUAAUAAAGUAAAUCAUUUGA